AAGUAGCGCUAGUAUUAUACUAAACUUUUGGUCAUCAUAUUAACUUUAUUUUAUGGGUCACUAACUACGGUUAAACCGGUUUGUUGUGUGAACUGUGUUUUCCAGUUCAAAGAGUAUCGUAAUGUUUAUGCAGAUUUCAAUGCUUCUCCAAACCAAACCAAAAGAUAAGCUACGCAAAUCACACAAGACACACACCGCAACUGGUUCACCGCAAUGAUGACGACGUUGAUAAUCGCGAAGAUAGUUGCGCGCCCGUCUAUCCAUAGGCGCCUCGCCGUAGACAGUGCGCGUGGUGCGGUUUUUUUUCUCCUGUUUCUUUUUAAAUCAUAUUCUUCCUCAAAAUUGCCAUAUAAACACACGCUGAAUGCUCUGUCAUCGAUCUCCGUUCCUGGGGCAUUUUGCUCGUCAGUACGUUCGCUCAUUAACGGCAAGAACGAUGUCAACAAAUAAUAAGUUUGACCUUCCUACGCGAUAUCAGGGCGCGACGAAGAGUGUAUGGGUGGAAUACAUUCAACUUGCACUGCAAUACAAACCGCUUAAUCUUGGGCAAGGAUUCCCGGACUAUCAUGCUCCCAAGUAUGCGCUGGAUGCGUUGGCUGCUGCGGCCAACAGUCCAGAUCCUUUGGCGAACCAGUAUACGCGCGGAUUCGGUCAUCCGCGACUCGUGCAAGCGUUGAGCCGGAUGUAUUCGGGUUUGGUUGGUCGCACCAUUAACCCGCUUAGCGAAAUAUUGGUGACGGUUGGCGCGUACGAAGCGCUGUACGCAACGAUUCAAGGUCAUGUUGAUGCAGGUGACGAAGUCAUCAUUAUUGAACCGUUCUUCGAUUGCUAUGAACCGAUGGUUAAAGCUGCGGGCGGAGUGGCCCGUUUCAUUCCUUUAAUACCGACACAAACUGGUCGCACAAUAUCUUCGGACGACUGGAAAUUGGAUCCGAUCGAGCUGGCCAAACUGUUCAACGAGAAAACGAAAAUGAUCAUUAUCAACACACCCCAUAACCCGCUGGGAAAGGUGAUGAGUCGCCAGGAGCUGGAAAUGGUUGCGGAUCUGUGCAAGCAGUGGAACGUCCUUUGCGUGUCGGACGAGGUGUACGAACACAUGGUGUAUGCGCCGUUCCAGCACGUGCGAAUAUGCACCCUGCCGGAUAUGUGGGAACGCACGAUCACGAUCGGUUCGGCGGGAAAAACGUUUUCGCUGACAGGCUGGAAGAUCGGAUGGGCUUACGGACCGGAAAGCUUGAUGAGAAAUUUGCAGAUGGUGCACCAGAACUGUGUGUACACGUGCGCUACACCGAUCCAGGAAGCGAUCGCAGUAGGCUUCGAGAAGGAACUCGAUCAGCUGACCAGCCCGGAGUGCUACUUUAACAGCAUCUCGACCGAGCUUGUCACCAAGCGAGAUUAUAUGGCGCGAUUCCUCGAGGACAUUGGUAUGCAUCCUACAAUUCCGCAGGGCGGAUACUUUAUGGUGGCCGAUUGGUCAAAGCUCGCCGAGAAGGUUGAUCUGUCACAGGAAACGGAUCGUUAUCGUGAUUAUCGCUUCACCAAGUGGAUGACUAAAACGGUCGGACUGCAGGGCAUUCCGCCAUCCGCGUUCUAUAGCGACGAACAUAAACCGCUCGGCGAAAACUUCGUGAGGUAUUGCUUCUUCAAGCGCGAUGACACCCUGGAACGUGCCGCAAACAUUCUGACCGACUGGAAGAACAAGACAAAGCCGAACUAAAACUGUGACGCAAAAGAAAGCAAAAAGCGGUUAUAAUUGAAAAUCAUUGCCGUUUUGAAUAACAAUAAACCACAGACACAGGGAAGGUGUUCCAAUUAUGUAA